AUGACCGAAAUUCGACCGCCAAAGAGGACCCACGAUCUCGACCUCGACCAAGACCUAUCACCAACCAUUCCCGAAGCGGCCCCCUCCCCUUCGAAGCACACGACCGCGACAAUGUCCAAGAAGAAGGGCCUUAUCGCCCUCGGCUGCGAGGGCUCCGCCAACAAGCUCGGCAUCGGCGUGAUGCUCCACAACGGCGCCGAGUCGACCAUCCUCUCCAACAUCAGACACACUUUCGUCUCCCCGCCGGGCCAGGGCUUCCUCCCGAAAGACACCGCAAAGCACCACCGCUGCUUCUUCGUCCAGAUCGCGCGCCGCGCCCUCCGCGAGGCCGGCGUCUCCGUCGCCGACGUCGACUGCGUAUGCUUCACAAAGGGUCCCGGCAUGGGCGCCCCGCUGACGAGCGUGGCCGUCGCGGCGCGCACGCUGUCCCUUCUGUGGGAAAAGCCCCUGGUCGGCGUGAAUCACUGCGUGGGACACAUCGAGAUGGGGCGCACAAUCACCGGCGCGCAGAACCCCGUCGUGCUGUACGUGAGCGGCGGAAACAGCCAAGUCAUCGCGUACGCGGAGCAGCGGUACCGAAUCUUUGGGGAGACACUGGAUAUCGCGGUGGGGAACUGUCUGGACCGGUUCGCGCGGACGCUGGAAAUCAGCAACGAUCCCGCGCCGGGGUACAACAUCGAGCAGCUGGCCAAGAAGGGCACGCGGCUGUUGGAGCUACCGUACGCCGUCAAGGGGAUGGACUGUUCGUUUUCCGGCAUCCUUGCCAGCGCGGACAUUUUGGCGGCACAGAUGAAGGCGAGCCAGGCCAAGGGGAAGGAGACGUUUGCGCCAGCAGAUUUGUGUUUCUCUCUGCAGGAAACGGUCUUUGCCAUGUUGGUUGAGAUUACUGAACGUGCCAUGGCGCAUGUGGGCAGCAACCAGGUUCUCAUCGUUGGUGGCGUCGGCUGCAACGAAAGACUGCAGGAGAUGAUGGGCGAGAUGGCCAAGGAGAGAGGAGGGAGCGUCUACGCGACGGAUGAGAGGUUCUGCAUUGACAACGGGAUCAUGAUUGCACACGCUGGCCUGCUGGCUUACGAGACAGGCUUUAGAACAUCGCUGGAGGACAGCUCAUGCACGCAGCGAUUUAGAACAGACGAGGUCCACGUCAAAUGGAGAGACUGA